AUGGAGGAAGAUGCUAUCAGAAGAAUAGAGGAGGGAGACUUUGAAGGAGCCCGAAAAAUCAUCUUAGACAUUGAGGACAGCGUCCGCGCCGAGCCGUCUUUAUAUAACAGAAAGGUUUUGCUGGAGAAGGUGGCGAAGCUAAAGGGCAUUUACAUCAGCCACAACACUGCUGAAGCGCCUUUUAUUCCGCUCAAGAGCCGCACUUUGCUCGGAAAGCAUGAAAACGAAGUGGGUGAGAUUAAGAACAAAAAGUAUAUUAGAAAUAUCAACAACGACCUAGUGUCUAUCAAAGACUGUGCCGAAGUCAUUAUUGAGGACUGCAGCAGUACAGUGUUCGAGCACUUUAACUGCGAAAAGUCUGUGGUUCUCAAUAACGUUAGGGACUGUAGGGUUUCCUGUAGUGGGCAGCAAAUAAGAGUGAACGGAUGUAAAAACAUUGAGCUUGAUGUCUAUACACCCACCGGAGUAUUCCUUCAAAGCUCGACGGGAGUGGUGAUAAGGAGAUAUGGAGCCAGGGAAGAUAACAUGUUUGCCCAUGUGUAUGACUUCUCCAGCCCUUUUGAAAGUAGGAAUUACACUGUCUUGCCAGGCUAG